UGUAAAACUGAUUUAUUGCAGAAUAUAAGAUAGCAGAAAUGGAUCGAUUUUGCUCAUCAGACAAGUUUGAAUAUUUGCAGGGGCUGGUAACUGAGUUUCAGGACACUGACAGUGAAGAUGCUAAAGAGCAAGUUUUGGCCAACCUGGCCAAUUUUGCCUAUGAUCCACGUAACAUGGAGGUGCUGCAGAUGCUACAGGUCACCGAACUCUUCUUGGACAUGCUGACAGAAGAAAAUGAGAACUUUGUGGAGUUUGGAAUUGGUGGCCUGUGUAACCUCAGCAUGUACCAUGAGUGUCGCGAUCAGAUUUUACAAAGUGAAGGUAUUCCCUUAGUGAUGGGCUGUUUGUCAAGUCACAGAGAUGAAACCAUUCUCUCGGCCAUCACAACCCUGAUGAAUCUUACCACGGCAACCUCACGCUCUCAGACCACAGACAGUGCAGUAGUGCAAUGCAUGUUGCGCUUCUCACAUUCACAGAAUCCUCGCCUCAGUAACCUGGCUUCGGUUUUCCUACAGGACUACUGCACUCAGGAUCAGAUCGAUAAAGCCAAUGAACUGAUGCAAGGACACAGUCAGUCUGUAGUUGGAAUUCCUCUGCCAAAAGAUUAGAAACAUUUACUUCAGAACUGGAACGGUCUGCAAUGAACUUUGAACUUUAUAAAGAUGGACAAUAAGCUCUUGGUCAACAGUCUUAAGGCUUGAACGCUUAUACAUCACAAUUUAGUACUUGGAGAGAAAACUGGUACAAGAUUGCUCAAAAUAUUUGUUUUGUGCUAUAAGAUCCUAUCUUAUUCACACACACACACACACUAUGGAUGGAUGAAUUGAUGGGUUGAUUUUGAUGUGACGAUCACUUUUAUUAAUGAAAUUUUUAAUAAAUUAUUGC